UUUUCAAGAACCAAACAUUUCGCUGUUACUGUAUGUGUGUCUAAGUUGUAAAGAAAGAAUAAGUGAGAAACAGAAAUUAGACAUGUAUUGGUUUAGACAUCAAACAUUAGAAACAAAUAUCUGUCAGGAUAUUGUAAAUGUUGAUGUCAAAUUAAAAGCUUUAAAGAAAAAGACAUCACUGACUGUUGUAAAGCUUGAAGAAAUUUUGGACUAUUCGGAGCAUAAUGAAUUAACAUCAACAGAAAAAGGAAAAACUUCAUUAGAAAUAACGACACUGCGAUCAGAGUUGACAGCACUUGAGAAAGAAUUAAAGCCCGUGCGAUUUUGGUUUAAUGACACGCUCACAAAAUCUCAGACAACACUUUUAACUAACUUUAUCAAGGGUAACCAUGAUUUCUACCUUGAUAGUCGUUACAAAUGCCGAGCUCUUAGUAACAAGUUAGAAACAAAAUGCAAUAAAGUUAAACAAGACGACCAUUAAACAAUGAGGAUUGCUUCGUAAAUUCAUAAAUAAAACAAUAAAAUGUUAAUGUAAGUUAGAUAUUUUGAUAGUGAUCAUCCCAAAUACCUUCUUGAAUUUAUUGAUGUGUUUGCCAUUGGUGCUAAAAUUCAAAUAAAAAUGUUUUUGUUCCAUUCGUACUUUUAGAAAUAAUUGCUUGUUGAAGAUAUCAGUGCAUUACAUUGAAGAUAAUAAUAACACCCCACAUAUUCUAUAAGUAAUUCAUAACAACUUAUUUCCAGAAUUAAGUUGACAAAGUGCACAGUACUUAUGGACACUAUAAAUGUAAAAAGUACUGUUUUCAACGAAAUCCUUCUCUACUUGUAAAUAUAUUGACAUUAUUAUACAAAGGAGAAAUCGACGUUAAAAGUUACUAGAAUAGGAAAUUGGACAAAUACAACUUAUAAACGAUGUACAGAUAUUUAUUCAUAUAUAAUGAUUUACUAACAUCAAUUUGUAUAGCUGACUUAACAUUGCUUACUUUGUCUAAGAAUUUGAAUAAAUGUUAUUCCAAUAUAUUUAUUUUAUAUGAAUCUAAAUGAUAAGUUGUUAAAC